GAAUGUGUUAGUGCUGCUGAGGAAGGGGACGUGCUGGAGCCCGAGCUGGAGCUGUUCGUUCAGCACCUUCUCACACACACUCUCUUUCUCAGUCUCUGUCAGCCUGGUAACCAGCAGGAGCCGGUUCCCAAUUUCUAAGGAUCAUUCUGUGUAAUGUGAAUGUAACAACAAAGUUGAAGGUACAGAAAGCGAUCAGAGAAGAUCAUGGACUUUGUUAUGAAGCAGGCUCUGGGAGGAGCCACCAAAGACAUGGGAAAAAUGUUGGGUGGUGAUGAAGAGAAGGAUCCAGAUGCUGAGAAAAAGGAAGAAGAAAGAUUAGAAGCUAUUCGACAAGCGGAGGAAGAACGUGCAGGAAAAUAUGCAAAAAUGGAGGCUGAACGGGAAGUAAUGCGACAAGGAAUCCGUGAUAAGUAUGGGAUAAAAAAGAAAGAAGAAAAGGAAGCAGAGGCAAUGGCAGCCAUGGAAGCUCAGGCAGAGGGGAGCUUGACACGGCCCAAGAAAGCGAUUCCUGCUGGCUGUGGAGACGAAGAGGAGGAAGAGGAAAGUAUUCUGGACACUGUCUUAAAAUAUCUUCCAGGGCCUCUCCAAGAUAUGUUCAAAAAGUAAUAACAUGAUUAUAUGCAAAAUAACUCCAGGUUUUGUUGCUAAGUGUAAACCAUUCUCAUUAUAAAAUGAGAAUUUAUCAUCAUUCCAGCUAAUUAUAAUUUGACUGCUCACCUCCUCCUGUGUAAUGGCAUGGAAUCUUCAUUCACAACAGAAUAUCCAGGACCACGCUGUGUGGCAGUCUUGAAAUAAUCUAAUCUAAUAAGCCAUGUUUAUAGUCAAAUAAAAUCCAGAUAUUUAAUAGCGAAAAGAAGAAACUUGUAUCUUUUUAUCAAUGUGUGACCACUUUGACAUUACAGGGCUCCAGCUAGCAUUGAUUCUUAUAGUUAUUGUUCAUCAUACUAGUUAAAUAAAGCAUCAGGUCACAACACUGGGUAAUACCUACAAUACACAGCUCAUUUACCCAGUUUUAGAACUCAAAUUAAACAUUACUAACUCUGUUAAUAUCAACUUGUGGCAAUUUUCCAAUUUUGGAUAGAACUUAUUAAUGAGUUUAAAGCCUAGGGAUUAUGGUGUGUUAUAUAAUGGUCUGAAGCUUAACAUAUCCUAUCAAUUUUUUUUACCGCUAUAUUGAUAGAGCUUUGAUCUACUUACUUAAAACAGAUUAAUGCCCCUAAAAAGCAAUAGAAUGUGACGAUGUUCAGUAUUUGUAUCCUAAUAUUGCAUAAUUUCAACUCCAUAUUUUACCAUUGUAUUAUAUAAAUGUAUAUUAAUAUCCUGUUGGAACCAUAAAUUGUAUUUUCUAAAAUUUACUUCAUAGUUCCCAUAUAUUUUUACCUAGCAUCAAUGCUAACAGUGGACAGAGACUUCAUGAAUGUAAGCAUUACAGCAUGAUAAAUAUCCUGUACAGGAAUAUUCAAUGAUCACCAUACUUUGAGAAUAAAUCAAAGGCUUGUGCAAUGUCAGACGAUGUACAUUAAUGUCACAAUGUCCUGCUCCUGCACGCUGUGACAUGGGAUGAUGCCUUUAUUAAGCAUCUGGCACGUCCUGUGAUGUGUCUCAUGCAGACAGGGAGUUGACUUCGUUAAAAACAGUUAACUUCUCCAUCCCUUAAAUUGAAAACAUUUUGCCAUUUAAAGUGGGAAAUGAGAAUCUAUGUAUUUGAUAAUGCAAAAAAACUGUAAUUCCAUCAGUUGAUAAAACCUCUUGAAUAUCAAGUUGUAUCAUGUUAGCUUAUAUUCUUUUCAAAAAUGCCACAUAACGCAUCAUUAUGUUUAAAAGAUUUCCACUGUUUGCAGAAACCUGACUUUGCCAAUCAGUUUCGCAAUCACAGCAAAUAAUUAAAACCCAGCCCUGGGAACAGUUUUGUUCGCAGUGUAACUAAUCUUUAUCAUAUAAAAUUCUGGAUGCAAACUUUCAAUUUUGAGGAAAUAUUCAAACUGGGAGGCCACUGGCUCUGUGCUUCCCUUUCACAGCCAUAUAACCUGUGUAAAGUAGACCCUCAUGAACUGAAGUGGAAUGCCACAGCCAGGCCCCAUUAUUGUUAGCUCCGCUAUUUUUGCAGGAUAUUAUCAUGCCUCCUUUGUCACAUAUUUGGUAUCUGGUGUUUGUCACGUUAUGUAUUAAAAUCUGUCAGAACUGUAAAUAGUUAAUAAUUAUACAAAAUCAAGCCAUUUAAAAUUGAUGUAAGGAAUAGAUCAUAUUGCUGGACAUGGGAUAAUCCCAUGCAAUUAUCACUGUGAAAUUCCAGGGAGUGUGGAGAAUUCUUGUCAUUUGAAGAUUAUUAUGACUUGUUUUAGUAGUUAAAACCACUAUAUCUUGAGUACUGUAUUUUCCUCAUGUCAUACCAGCUGAUAAAAUAUGACUCGGUAAAAUGUUAAUUUUACCAACUAGGGAAAAGCCUGUAGUAUUUGAAAAUAUUUUAUGGUGAUUAAAUGCCAUAUUUCUCCUGGAACUCUCCAAUGAGACUUGUGUUCACUGUGGAGUUGAAGGUGAAAACUAUAGUCCAGCUUGACCUUGGCGUUAAAACAUAUGUGUCCUAUUCAGAGUGGAAUGUGCAGGGUACAAAGAGCCAUAUGUUACAUUUUGUAGCGGAAAUCAAAAUUAAUGGGCUUGCUGAAGGACUACAAAUAUUUCUGAAUUACAAUUCAUCAGAAAGGUCAGAAUAUUGACAGCAUUUCCGUAUUUAAGCAAUGACCCCUGUAUAUAAAAAAUGAUGGCAGACUUGUCAAUAAAAUAAAAGCUAAGAACUGCAGAUGCUGGAAAACUGAAAUACAAACAGGAAGUACUGGAGAAACUCAGCAGGUCUGGCAGCAUUAUAGAGAGAAAAAUAGUGUUAACAUUUCAAGUCCAGUGAGCCUUCAUCAGAACAUCAGAUUCUGAUAUUUCUCCAGCAAUAUUUGAAUGCAGAAUUGUCACUUAGAACCCAUACCCUAACCCCCUUCCCUUUUCUCUGCCUUUCCUUCUCACUUCAAUCAGCCUCUCACUCACUCCCAUCAUGCACCACAUACUUUCAAUUCUGUCUCUCUCCAUUCCCUAUUCCGCUCCCACUUCCCUCCUCCCUCCCUGCCACUUUAUUUUAUUCCCCCGCCCCUUAUGAAUCGCACCCUCUUUCCUUUCUUGCAUCGAAACAACAAAAUCCAUCCCCCUUCUCUCUCCCUUACCCCCUUCCCUCCUUUUCCUCAAUUACCUAUGCCUACAACCCCAGUUCUGACGCUAUUUUAAACAUUGCCAGACCUUCCUCACAAAACAAAUGAAAGUAUUGCCUUCAAAUUGAACAGUUUGAAUAUGAUUUCUUUAAAACAAAUACCUGUAUUGAGUUUUAAUUUUAAUUAAACCAAAGAAAACAUUGCUCCAGAUUUAUGAUUGAUGAGGUUUUCCAGUUUGGUACCAUGUUGAUGUUGGCCAUAAUGAAAAGGAACCGUUUAUCUCAGGUACGGGUUCUUAUGUCUGAAUAUCUUGCUGAAUAGUUGAGUGUGUUCUUGAGAUUAUUUCACUUACAGCCUUUCUGUAGAAUGUAAGCAAGAUACUGCUAUCAAGAAAACAAAAACACAAAUUUAAUUUGAUAAGCUCCACGUGUUUCAACAGAGAAAGCCAUAAAGUAGGCUUGGCAGUCUUAAAUAUUUGCUCCAAAAUACUGAAGCACAUCAAUAGUUUAUGUAGGACAGUGGCCUACAGCAGGCAGAAGUCUUGGAGUGUAAAUUUUCAGUCACUGUGCAAUCUGCUUAUAUUUGUGACUGAGGCAGAACGAAAGCAAUAAUAUUCUACUUCAACCAGUUAGGAAGGGAGACACAAUGGGUAAACUUUUAACCUUAGCUGCACUUUGGGAGACUGCAGAGUUAAUGCUGGUUUCACAAAUCCCAGGAUUGUACUUCCCAUGGAAUUCAGUGUAGAGCAAUAUCGGUAGGUACACAACCUCAGCAUUCCAUGCAAUCCCAGGGAAACUCACCUGGGAACAUAGUUAAAAUGACUCAGUGACAAGUCACAAUGGUGAUUAGAGGGGCUAUGAGGGUAGAAAUAUACUUUAGCCCAGCACCCUGAUUUCAACAGUCCGAGGCAGUUACUGAUACAGCAGAGAAAUGUGAUUGAAUUUGAUUUAAGAUUAGAACUGAAUAGCUCCAUUAUUUAUUCAAAUAUAAUUAAACAUUUUUAAGACAUCAUUGUUUUAUUUCAUUUUAAUUACCUAUGAAGUAAUUUUAACAAAUCUAAUGCUAAAGGGCCAUUUGGGAAACCAGGUUAUAUGCUAACAAGAAUGGAGAACUAUUAAACAGAAACAAAUACCGUAAUAUUAAAAAUUGGAGAGUUUAAAAUAUAAUUCAAGACUGCCAAGCCAAUACAACAAUGAGAUUGCAAUAUAUCUAUUAAUAUACUGGUCUGUGUGAAAAACCAAUUUGUUUCAAGUUAACUGUGUCUUUCAAUGAGGCUGUUACAGUUUCUCAUUCUGGCUUCAUUACUGUCUCCACAGAAAUAUGCUAAUGACAUUAAAUUUACUGAUAAGACUCACGGUUAUUCUGUAGUUCAAACCUUUGUUGGGUCCUGAAUUGAAGUGUCUGACACAUCUUUAGUUGCUUUAUCCACAGUCUGUCCAUCAUCAAACAUUUCAUUCAUUCCAUUUUGAAACAUUUUAGGAAAUUCAAUUGGUGCUUCUUGUGAUUCUUCAGAGCUUAUGUGUUUUGUGUGAAUUGGUGAAUUUUGUCAUGUGAAGGAUUUGAUCCUCUUUCAGGCUACAUGCAUGUUGUACUGUCCUUGUAGUAACUUAAAGUCUUUAUGACUGAAUAUUAUGUUGAUUUUAGCAGCUGUGACGUCACUGCAUGCAGCCGAAAUAGAAUUUAUUGUAAUGUUCAUCUCUGGUAAAAUACAAAUAAAGUGACUUCAAUCAAA